AUGAAGGGUACGAAAACGGUGACGCCAUCAUUCAAAGACAUACAAGACUUAUUGAAUCAGGAAGAAGAAUGGCUGAAACGAUUAAAGGAUAGUCUAGCCAAGGCGGAGAACUUGAAGAACAGCAUGACUUCAAUUCUGGACAAUUUUGAACAUCGGUUGUUCAGGUUGGAGUCUACGGUAAUGCCGAUGUACAAGUACACCGGCUACCUGCAGCAGAAGCAGCAAAGUGGGUUGGUCAGUGAAGUGGUAAUUCUUUGUAACGUCUCGUAUUCAGAUAUCAGUCGGACGCUAAAGGUGAUCGAUAACGUCAUGAACUUGUACAGUAUGGCAUCAGAGGCCAAUUCAAUCCUUAAGGAUCUCCAUCCUUCGGAAAAUCUCGAAAAUUACUUGAAAUACAUGGGGCAUUUGAAGGACGCCAUAUGUUUCUUCAGAACCGAUGAUGUGUAUAAAAAUCAAAUGGAACAUAUGAAAAGUACGUACGAAUUCGGCAUAAGCGCGCUAGAGCAGGAGUUCAAAAAUGUUUUGAGGAAAGAGAGUGUCGUCGUGAAGGCGUCUGAUGUAUUGGACUGCAUCAGCGAUGGAUACGACAGUGUGACGGAGAAAGUUCAGGAACUGGAACUUAUCACUGCGGAUGGCAUGGAAACGUUAUCGCGCAUUUCGCAGUGGCUUAUCGACAGUUCAUAUGCAACGAACUACUUGAAUAUAUACGGCGAGUUGCGAGCCACUGUCGACUUACAGACGCUGCAAAGGUAAUA